AUGAGCAAACAAACCAUUGAAAAGUUCUUUCCAGCAUUCACCAAAUUUCUGACCACACAAGUGCCCAAUGGUUCCUUGGUGUUUCAUGACAUUUUAUUUCCAGAUGCCACUGCCGAAACCUGUCCCGAAAUCACCAUUUCUACGCCGCAAGUUGUGCCUUCGUUUUUUCUAUCAGGAGAAGUCAAUGAAAUAGGACAUGCCAUUAUUAUUAUUCGACAACCAAUGCUGUUGCUGGCUGCGAUUGGUGGAAUUGUAGUGGGAUUUUAUGGGGCGAUUCAACUAUCAUCAUCAUCAUCAUCAUCCACCUCCAUCUCCAAGAAUAACUACACAUGGGUCGUGUCCUAUGCUGCUUUUGGAAUUAUGAACAUUUCGGCUAUAUGGAUACAUUGCUUAUUAGAGGCACCUGCACCCGGUAGAUCGUAUCCGGAAGAAUAUCCAUUGCUGUGGAUGUUGGAUACCUACAUGACGGGAGUUGCGGCGAGCGCAUUGACUGUGGCAUGCUUCAAAAAAUCUCACGACGAUAACGAUGUCGAAAACGACAGCAUAUCAGUAGAUUAUGGAUGGGAUUUCAUGUUUUGGACCUUGCAAGGCUUGGGCUUGGUAGCUCUGGUUGAUUUCAUUGGACAUUACCUCUUUUGGAUUUUCGAUCUCAUCGGACUGUCCUUCUUGUCCGCCCUGUGGCUCAAGACGGGCAAGGGACGAAUACCGACGGAUCGUCCCAGUAUGGCAGGAACAGAUGCAUUGGAGAUGUGGUACUUACUACCACCAUUGAAUGCCACAAUUGUCGCAAUUCAACUCUUGUUUGGGCCCAUCGUGGUGCGGAAUCCAACGACGACAACAACAACCACCAGGUCGUUUACCUUUUUUCCUCAAUGGAAAGAUGGACAUAGAGGGAAUGAUGCUUCGCGACAUUGGACAACUGCCCAUAUUAUCUUCAUCAUAAGCUUGAUUCUACCUAGCAUUUUAGGAAUUGGUCUGGAUCGAUUUUGGUGCUGGGCAAUUCGCAGCCGUGCUGAGGGAGGCGUUUUGUCUGUUUUGGGUGACUUGUUGACUGCCUCCACCAUGACGUUUUUGGGAUGCGAUUUGGCAUAUCUGGCGAUAUUACUCUGGCUGAUUGACAAACAAAAGAAGGACACGGUAUAG